AAAGUUUCUAUCGGAAGAAAGUGAAAGAAAAAAAAAAAAGACAGAGAAAAAUGGAGAGAAGCACGCCAGUGAGGAACCCGCACACUUCCACCGCCGAUCUGCUUUCUUGGUCGGAAACUCCUCCUCCUGAACACUCAACCGCUUCCGCCGCUCGUUCUCACCAGCCGUCUGAUGGAAUCAGCAAGGUUCUCGGCGGCGGUCAGAUCACAGAUGAGGAAGCUCAGUCGCUCAAUAAGCUGAAGAAUUGCUCAGGUUACAAGUUAAAAGAGAUGACUGGUAGUGGCAUAUUUACUGAUGAGGCAAAAGGCGGAAAUGAAGCCGAUGCUACUGAUCCAAAGACGGGACUUCGUUACUAUCAGCAAACUCUCAACGGAGUGAGUCAGAUAUCUUUCAGCGCAGACGGGAAUGUUUCCCCGAAGAAACCAACCACUUUAACUGAGGUUGCAAAGCAAAGAGAGCUGAGCGGAAACUUGCUAACGGAGGCAGAUCUAAAGAGCAAGAAGCAGAUAUCAAGUGCCAAGAUCGAAGAGAUUAGCGGCCAUGACAUCUUUGGACCUCCACCUGAGAUUCAGCCUCGAUCCUUGGCUGCUGCACAACAAGAAGCUAGAGGAAACAGAGACAUGGGAGAGCCUGCACCGAGGAACUUGCGCACUUCUGUCAAAGUUUCCAAUCCUGCAGGAGGACAAAGCAACAUACUAUUCAGUGAAGAACCGGUUGUGAAGACAUCAAAAAAGAUACAUAACCAGAAGUUUCAGGAGCUCACUGGCAACGGCAUCUUCAAAGGCGAUGAAUCCCCUGGAUCUGCUGAUAAGCAGUUAAGCUCUGCUAAACUCCGGGAAAUGAGCGGAAACAAUAUUUUCGCAGACGGGAAGUCAGAGUCUCGAGACUAUUUUGGCGGUGUGAGGAAGCCUCCUGGCGGUGAGAGCAGCAUUUCAUUGGUCUAAGACUCGGGCCUGGCUACUUGCCAUUUUCAACUAAAAGCUCUCACGUUUCAGCUUCUUUAGAUUCUAGUUUCUUAGAUGUCUUUGUUUCGUUUCGUUUCGCCAAUGUCGAAAACGCUUGAAAGCUAUUUUCAGGUUUUUCUUAGGAUAUGUCAAGAGAUCUCUUUGUAUGGAUCGUUUUUUACCUUCUGAGUUGUUGUCCCUCUUUAAAUUUUCUCAGCUUGUUAUCUGAUCUUCGUGG